UCGCUCGCUCGCCAGGCGACGGAACCAUGGACAACCAUUCGUACAGCCAUUCCUACAACUUCCCCUCCGACUGCACCCCGCUCACCAACUGCAAGUCCGCCCGCAAACCGGCCGGCUCCACCGUGGUCAACAUGGGCCAGGCGGGCAAGAACCCGCCUCGGGACUACAUCUUCUGGUCCCUGUGCAACACCUUGUACGUCAACUUCUGCUGCCUGGGAUUCAUGGCCCUCCUGUACUCCAUCAAGGCCCGGGACCAGAAGACCCAGGGCAACCUGCAGCUGGCCCAGGAGUGCUCCGACAAAGCCAAGUGGUACAACAUCCUGGCGGCCGGCUGGAACCUGCUGAUUCCUCUCCUGGCCGUGGUCCUGCUCGUGCUCCUGCUGGUCCACUUGGGUUCCUCUCAGGGCUCCUUCGACUUCCUGGGAGAAGACGGCCUGCAGAACUUCCUGAAACUCUUCAGCUGGUAGACGGACGGGACGGAACGACCCGGCUGCCAACUUUUCACACCAAUCGGCCAAUUUGAUUCGAUUUGAAAGGGGAAACGAUACCGCGGCGUCGUUUGCAGGUAGUCCGGCGUCCCGGAGGUCCGGUUUUGUGCUGAGCCGGCCAAUCAGCUUUCGGAUGAUUUUAUGAUGGCAAGUGAUGUGGCUGGAGCGCGAUAUUUAUGUAACAAACAAAAAAAGCUUUGUAAUUGCAUACAAGAAACCACAAGAUGGCAGCAGAGUGCCAUUUUUUUGUUAGACCAAACAAUGGACUCAUUAAAUGAAGCUCCACCCCUCAGUUUAACGUAAAUGAGCCUCUAGAUGGCGCCGCAGCAAUUUUUUUUUCUCUAAAUAACAGAGGCUAGGUGGUCCAAAAAUGCGCAAUUAGGCAAAACUGCAAAUGACAAAUCGCAAAUAUGGCGGUGUUCAAAAAAGCCCUGAGCAAAAUUUGAAAAUAUUCAGGAUAAAUUAGGAUCAAAAAUUUUUCUAUUGCUCGAUCCUCUUCAAGUAUGUUCAUUGUUCAUUUUAUUUAUUGUAUUUAUUCAUAUGAAUGAGAACUCCCGCUACUUAACCCGAUUCAGACUUUUGUUUGGAAACAUUUUUAUUCAUGGAGACAAAUUGUGCCCAAAAAAUUCAUUUUUAACGAUGUCUUACCCAGGGCGCGUUUGCAAUACGGAGCUGAAAUAUCCACAAAAUAAUUUUUUUUUGUCAGGAAACAGUAAGAUUUAUUUCAAAUUAUUAUAUGUAUUAUCAUGAUGGCAUGUACAGAAAGUGCCCCCCGAUAUCGAAAAUAUGAAAUCUAAAUAAUUGGAUUUGCUAAGCGUGCAAAUUUUUAAUGAGUUGUUUUGAAAAAUACAAGAUUUCUCAAUUUCCCAUCAGAUUAGCAAUUUUACAAAGAAUCAAAUUUCAAUUAAUGUAACUGGUGCGAUUGCGAGCACGAUUGGCUGUUUGAUUCCAUGCGCACUGCGAUUGGCUGACAGCCUGUCUGAAGAUAGCUCAGUUAGGCUCUAACCCUUGUGAGGAUAAGCGACUCAGAUAAUGGAUGGAUGGAAAAUUUAAUUUCACUCAAACGUUUGACAAGCAAUCGCGGUCACACGUGUCCUGCGAUUUUUGUUUUCUCCCUGAUGGAAAAAUCCCGAAACAUCCAUCCACGUAUUUUCUUAGCCGCUUAUCCUCACGAGGGUCGCCGGACUGCUGGAGCCUAAAAUUCAAAAUGAAUUAAAAAAAAAAAAAAAAAAAUUACAUGAAAAUAAUUUGAGCGAGAACUGGUUAUGUUAUUAGAUAAAUAAAUUGUGUAAAAAAGAAUUAUGGGGAUACCCUGU